AUGACUGCUCCUUCACAGGGGACCUUCUGGGCAGACCCGAGAGCGGCAGGAGCCCACUCCGCGACCUUUGACCUUCCCGUCCCCGCUCCCCGCAGCAGCGUCCACGCCCUUCCCCACCCCGUCAGCCUCACAGUCAAAACAGAAAAAAGACACCUCAAGACCGGCUCCGGAGAGGCGUCGGUUACGGCCUACAAAAGUCAAAAGAUGAACAAG